AUGGACUGCCAGACUGCGACCAAGGAGACCACCAGAGAAUCUCAAAGCAGCACCAUCACACCACUGAGCACAUCAGCUCCCUCAUCCUCUCCAAGUGGACACACUCCUACAGAAGGCAUUUCUCAGGAGACAUCCCCUUCAGUUGAAACCACCACUUUAUCCCCUUCCCGUGUCAGCCACACAUCUCUGACAACAUCAGAAAUGUUGAUCUCACCAAUCUCAGCCGACACCACUCUUGGAAUCAGAGGAAAUCCAUCCCUGUCUGCAACUAGAAGAUUUCCUCUUUUCAGUUCUAAAGUUUCUACAACAUUGGAGUCAGAAGUACAAUCAGCACCACUGUCUACCAGUUAUUCGACUCCAAAAACAUCUACAGUUUUCCACACCUACCAGAGUGAAGGUACAGAGACCCCAGGACAACAUCAUACUAGCAGCUCAACGUCUACAGGUGUUUCUUAUCAGGCAAUCACUCCAGGUGAAACAACAACAUUCAUUUCUUCAUCCUUCAGUGAUAGCAACACAACUCAGUCACAAAAAGGACUGUUGUCAGCACCAACAAUAGCUACCACUGUGCUGGUCACAGAGAGCACAUCCACUUCUACAGCUAGUACUAUUUCUUCGGUUACCUCUAAGGUCCCAGCAACAGGUAAACAGGGAGAGCCAACCACACACCCGUAUCUGAGCACAUCUCCACAGGAAACAGUGGUUGUUUCCCAGACUCACUGGACACAAAGCACAGGGACCACUGGAGAGACUUAUGUCAGUAGUACAAGCUCCAAUGUGACCCAAAGCAUCAAAACAGUCACACUGGCAUCUCCUUCAUCUGUACUAAGCGGACACACAUCUCAAGAAACUAUAACAGCAAGCCCAACAAGACAGUCAACACCAAUCUCUAUUAGAACCCCUCCUCAAGAAUCAUCAGCUGUUUCCCAGAUAGGUCACACUAAAGACACACAGACCACACAAGAAUUCCAAACCAGAAGUUUAGUCUUCCCCAUCACUGACACAAUCAAGACAGCUGCAUCUGCAACUUCUUCAUUCAAACCAAAUGGACAUUCACCCUCAGAAAGCGUUCCUCAGGAUACAUCCACCACAGACGAAGUGACAGUCUUCACCCAAGCACCCUCCAGGGACAGCAGCACAACUCAGGCUACUACCACUACUACAGAACUGUGGACAUCACCAUCCAGACCUGACACCACCCUGGGAACCUCAGGAGGCACAUCAUUUUCCAUAACAAGCGCCAUUCCUCAGGCCACCUCUGUAGUCUCAACAUCAGGAGGCCCAGGAGGACAAUCAAUGUCACCUGCUACCAGCACCUCACCUGACACCACAUCAGCCAUUUCCCAAACCCACAAGACUCAAGGCACAGUGACCACUGUAGAAUCGCACACCAGCACACCAGCCUCCUUGGUGAUGGACACCACCUUGGUGGCAGACACCACCUUGGUGGGCACAGCUACAGAUUCUUCAUCCACACCAAGAAGCCAAACAACUCCAGGAAGUGCUUCCCCAGAAAUGUCCACCUCUGAUAAGAUCAAGAGUUUCUCACCAACUCCUUCCAGGGAAAGCCACACAACUCGGUUAACAACUGAAUUGUUGUCCAUUGCAACCAGUUAUGACACUACUCCAGGAACCAGGGGAAUGGUGUCUGCUAUUGCUCCCAGUACCACCACUUCAAUCAUUAUCUCUGAGGUCUCAACAACAGGGAGACCAACAAGACAGUCAACUCCAGCUUCUCCCAGCACUUCUCCUCAGGAAACAUCAGCCAUUUCGCAGAUGGCUCAGACUCAAAGUACGGGAACCACCAGAGGAUCUGGUUCUCUCUCCCCCUUGAUGGACACCUUCUCAACAGUCACAUCUCCACCUCUUUCAUCCACACCAAAUGUGCACACAUCUCCACAUACUGUGGCCCACACUCUGUCACCUUCAAACACCAGCACAACAUUUAUCUCAAACCCAGUCAGUGACAGUCACAGGACCCAAACAGCAAUGCCAACCUUGUCAUCUGGGGCAACUAAAGGGCCAACUACAGUCAGUUCUGCCACCCCGAGUGAGGUAGCCUCUCGUUCUCCUUCCACAAUUUUGUCCACAAGUGGAGAAGUUCUGACAACAACCUCAAGCUCAGUCAUCCAUGAAAACAUGACUGCAGUGACCAUUUCCCCUGUAGGUUUUGACAAUGACUCCUUGAAAAAUACCACGCAAGUCCCAAAUUCCUCUGCUGGCAAGUCAGGCACACACACCCGUGAGCAUCCCACAAUUGUUCAAACAGUAACCAACUCUACUACAAGGCCAAUGUAUAUGAGUUCUAUGAGUAAUCAUAGGAGUGUAGUAUCCACAUCAACUUUAUCAUUUCCACCUACAACCUACCCUAUGAUCAAGACCACUCCUGAUACUUCUUCAGCAUCUAAGUAUUCUAAGAGUCCAUUGCCUACUCUACAGCCAUCCACAGACUAUACUUUCUCUGACUCUACUUCCUCUGGUAAUGUGAGCACAGCUCAGACCAUAUCAAGUUUCUAUACUUCAACCAGUAAUUUUUCAUUUUCUCAAUCAACCCCUGGCCCUGCAGUCACCCAGAGCUCCACCACUCUAUUCACAGGUCAUACCACUCUUUGGUCUGUUGCCAGCACUUUCCCACCAUCCACAUCAUCCUCAAGCUCUACUGUGAAGAUUGAGACAUCAGGCGUUUCCCUCUUCCCCUAUGGGUCAAGUGUUGGAGACCAGCAGUUUGUCAGGAGGAUUUUGGACUUCGCCUCGCCGCUCUUCAAACCCCAGAUUGGCUUCCCUCUCGGCUCCUCUCUCCGGAAUUUCCUCUAUUUCACAGAUAAUGGCCAGAUCGUUUUCCCAGAGUCAGAGUACCAGAUUUUCUCCUAUCCCAACCCUCCCCUUGGAGGCUUCACAGGCCGGGACCCUGUGGCCCUGGUGGCUCCAUUCUGGGAUGAUGCUGAUUUCUCCAUCCGCCAGGGAACCAUAUUUUAUCAGGAAUAUGAGACGCUCUAUGAUGAAUACAAUCUAGUGCAUCAGGUGGAGUCUUGGAUCAAAAAGUUCACAAACACCUGGAACUACAAAGCCAGGUGGACCCUAAAGGUCACAUGGGUCAAUGCCCGUGCCUAUCCUGCCCAGUGGACCCUGGGGACCAACACCUACCAGGCCAUCCUUUCCACAGACGGGAGCAGGUCCUAUGCCUUGUUUCUCUACCAAAGCGGUGGUAUGCAGUGGGAUGUGACCCAGCGCCCAAGCAACUCGGUCCUCAUGGGCUUCUCCAGUGGAGAUGGGUAUUUCAAAAACAGCCCACUGAGAUUCCAGCCAGUGUGGGAGAAGUAUCGUCCGGACCUAUUCCUGAACUCCAACUUAGGUCUCAGGGGGCUGCAGGUCUAUAGGCUACACAAGGAAGAAAGGCCCAACCCCCGUCUCAGGUGCCUGCAGUUGUUGAAGAGUCAGCCUCAGUGGCCCCACUGGGGCUGGAACCAGCUCUCCUGUCCUUGCUCCUGGUGGCAGGGACUACAGGACUUACGAUUCCAGCCCACCAGCAUAGGCUGGGGCCUCCGCGGCAGGUGGCUGUGCAGUUUCUCCUCCUGGCGUGGGGGCGUGUGCUGCAGCUAUGGGCCCUGGGGAGAGCUUCUGGAAGGCUGGAGAGUGCAAAAUCCUUGGCAGUUUGACCAAGAACUGGAGCUGCAGAACUGGUGCUGCCGCUGGAACGACAGGCCCUCCUUCUGCACCCUGUACCAGCAGAGGCGGCCCCGCAUCGGCUGUGCUGGGUACCAGCCCCCGAGGCCCGCCUGGAUGUUCGGGGACCCCCACAUCACCACUUUGGAUGGUGCCAAUUACACCUUCAAUGGGCUGGGGGACUUCCUGCUGGUCCAGGCCCAGGAUGGAAACUCCUCCUUCCUGCUGCAGGGCCGCACUGCCCAGACUGGCUCAGCUCGGGCCACCAACUUCAUUGCCUUUGCUGCUCAAUACAACUCCAGCAGCCUGGGCCCCAUCACGGUUCAAUGGCUCCUUGAGCCCAAUGACAAAAUCCACGUGCAGCUCAAUAAUCAGACUGUGACAUUUGAGACUAACGGUGAAGACGCAGAAGGCCAGGAGACAUUCAACACCACCGGAGUCAUAAUGACCCGCAAUGGCUCCCUGGUGUCAGCCAGCUUCGAUGGGACAGUGACCAUCUCCGUGACUGCUCUCGCCAACAUCCUCCAUGCCUCUUGCAACCUCCCAGAGGAGUAUCAACACCGCACAGAGGGCCUCCUGGGGAUCUGGAAUGACAAUCCAGAUGACGACUUCAGGAUGCCCAAUGGCUCCACCGUUUCCCCGGGGAGCUCUGAGGAGGUGCUUUUUCACUAUGGAAUGACCUGGAAAAUCAACGAAACAAGUCUCCUUGGCAAGAGGGACGACCACCUGCCUUCCAACUUCACUCCUGUCUUCUUUUCCCAACUGUUGCAAAACAACUCCUCGAGUGAAAAUUUGGUGUCCGAGUGUAACGGAGAUACACAAUGCAUCUAUGAUACCCUGGCCACAAGAAACAUAAGCACUGGACUGCACACCAGGAUGCUCUUUAGAAAAUACCAGCUGAUGAACACCACCCUCAAUCAGUAUCCGCCCUCUAUCGAAGGUCAUCGUGUGGUGGAAGCCUACUUGAGGACAACCAAGCUGAUCCAGUACACCAGCAGCUCUAAUGUCACGUUCGUUCUCAGAAACAACUACCCGGACAUCAAGCUCUUUGAGAAUGGGACAUUGCUAUGGACGCCAACGUCGGUGGAACCAUUCACUCUGGAGAUUCUAGCAAGAAGUGUCAAGGACAACCUGUCAUCUGUACUCCAGCCAAAGACAGUGGUCUGUGCCUGCAACGCAGAGAGCCAGUGUUUAUAUAACCACACCAGCCGGGCGGGCAAUUCCUCCCUGGAGGUGGCCGGCUGCAAGUGUGAUGAGAACACCUUCGGCCUCUAUUGCGAUCGCUCCAGGGACCUCUGUGAGGAGCAGUGCUUCCCGAAUGUGAAGUGCAUUCCUGGGAGGGGCUGCGAGGCCUGCCCUCCCCACCUGACUGGGGAUGGGCGUCACUGUGCAGCUCUGGAGAACUCCUUACUCUGUCAGAACAAGUCCUGCCCUGUGAAUUAUUGCUACAAUGACGGCCACUGCUACAUCUCCCAGACUGAGGACUGUCAGCCCGCCUGCACCUGCCCCCCAGCCUUCACCGACACCCGCUGCCUCCUGGCUGGGAACAGUUUCACCCCAACUGUCAGUCUAGAGCGUCCCUUAAGAGUCAUCCAGCUCUCACUGAGUGAAGAAGAAAAUGCCUCCAUAGCAGAGGUCAACGCCUCGGUGGCCUACAGACUGCGAAACCUGGAAGUGCGAGCCUUUCUCUGGAACAGCAUCGUGGAACAAAUCAAUCCCACCCAAGCACUGGCCUCAGGAAGCACCCUUCAACACUGGAAGGUCAUCUCGGUAUUCCAGUACCGCCCUCGGGGUCCCGUCAUUGACUUCCUGAACAACCAGCUGAUGGAUGCAGUAGUGGAGGCCUUCUUACUCCAGACCCCGCACGGGAGGUGGAAGAGAAGUGAGGGGCCCAGGAACAACGUGGUCUUCCACCCCCUCUCCAGGGGAGACGUGCGCAGUGUGAUGGCUCUGAACGUGAGCACGCUGGAGACUUACUUCAAAUGCGAUGGCUACGACGGCUACCACCUGGUCUACGGCCCCCACAGCGGCCUCACCUGCGUGUCCCCGUGCAGUCAAGGCUACUGUGAGCACGGAGGUCGAUGCCAGCACCUGCCCCAAGGACCCCACUGCAGGUGUGUGCCCUUCUCCAUCUACACGCCGUGGGGCGAGCGCUGUGAGCACCUGAGCAUGAAACUCGGCGCCUUCUUCGGGAUCCUGUUUGGGGCCCUGGGCGCCCUCUUGCUGCUGGGGGUCGUGGUAUUUCUGGUCCUGCGCUUCUGGGGCUGCUCCGGGGCACAGUACUCCUACCCCCUGGACUCGGAAAGCUGAGGCCUCGCCCCAAAGGGGCAGCUGUGGCCUAGAUACCUCAGGACCCACCCCAGCCUCACCUGCCCACUUCCAGGCGCCCUGGCUUUGGGGAGACUGGAAAAAGGAAGGUGACUGAAAGCGAUUCAGGAUUCUUCGAAGAGAGUAAAUAAUGGGAAUGAAUAAUAAUAAAGACAAGACCAUACCUUGUCAGUAGACUCAGAGGCGGACAGGAAGAGGCCAUAAAGACCUGCUACAUAAAUGAAUGGAUUCUCACACAAACAUACCCACGAGGACACUGACCUACACACACACACACACACGCACACACGUGCACAUACCGGAGUUAAUAAUGGGGUGAUGGCUCUAAGUUAAAAACCAAAAUGCAUUUGCACUCAAAACUCUUCAGUUUACUUCUAAUUAAAGUCUAUUUAA